GUUUUAUUUGUGGCUGGGUUUUACUUUUGUUAUCGGUUUAGAAAGAACGUUUAGAUUCUUCUUUCAAAAACACAAAAUGAAAGCAACAGGCUUUUUCCUGGGUGGUGUGCUCAUAGUUCUUAUUGGUUGGCCUUCAGUAGGAAUGAUCCUUGAAAUUUAUGGGUUCUUCCUAUUAUUCAGGGGGUUCUUUCCUGUGGUGGUUGGCUUUAUUAUAAGAGUCCCAGUUCUUGGAUAUCUCUUGAAUUUACCUGGUAUAAGCUCGCUUGUAGAUAAAGUUGGAGAAAGCAACAACAUGGUAUAAUGACAAGAGGGCAGAAGACUGAUUCUAAACUUAUUGUAUUAUUUAUAAAAUCCUUUUGAAGAAUACUCAACACAAAGUUUAAGUUGUGUACAAAGGAAAAGCUUGUUACAUUCUUUACAUAACAGUUUAAUUUAAAAUGUAUAGUCAACAAUAUACAUUAGAAAAGGAGCUCAGCAAGUACGCUUAUAGAAAGGUAACUCCAGAGUUCAGGAAGCAAACUGAAGAGGUGAAAGUCAUGGAAUAACCCAUGUUACAACUGUUCAAGACUAUUUUUGUUGGUUUUGGAAUACAUGCUAGAGGCAAUGAACCCUUGUGGAAUUAAUGAUGCCUGUACUUUACCUCCUUAUUUUGAAGGUGCAGUAGAGCAAACAGGCCUACAUUUUUAUGGGUGACCCAAACUUAUCCAGCCCUCUGCUUGCUAUCUUCAGAGUGCAAAAAAAAACCAAACCAAACCCCACCAAACAGAAAACUUCUUGUGUAACAAGAGAUGCGUCUUUGCAUGAAGGUUAAGAUGACUAUUCAUCUUUAAGUGUAUUAUGACUAAAAAAAAAAAGAAAGGAAACCCUACACGGUUGUGUUGUAAACAUUUUUGUAAAUACGUGGCUGAAAUAAAACAUUGUUAUCUUAAUGUUUCAAAGCCAAAUGUAAAUGGAUUGUAUUUGCCUUCCGUUUCGGAAUAUGCAAAAGGUCA